AUGUCUCGUCCCUGCACUUCAGCAGACGCUGGUCACGCCACCGACCAGCCUCCUUCUUACGAUACGGUUCAGCAGCAGCAAGACCGACAGUUCCAAAACUUCGACUCGAAGGAGUGGGAAUGCGUGCCCAAGAACCUCAGCAUCAUCUACACCCCCGUUCCCAUUGGAGCAGGUGCCAAUAUCAGCAGAAGAGGAAUCAGCUGGGAAGCCAGAUUCCGAGUAAGAGCCAAAGAUCUCCCGCGCCUCAUGAGGGAAGGCCUCCACUGGACAGUGGCCAAUAUUCAACGAGAAGCGGGCUUCUUCGAGCACGAAGCCAAGGAACUUGUCAUGAAACAAGCUGGCUGGACCUGCACACGCAACUACUACCUCUCUGACCUCAGCCCGGAUCAGAACUGGUCCGCCAAGAUGAUUGUCUGCGCUCGGGAUAUCCAGGUCCUCUCGCAGUUUGAUAUGGCCAAACUUCGGCCUGAGCAAGCGUACACCGCCAUCGCAUGGAGCAGCUUCCAUCCCAGCCAUUUCAUCUACAACUUUGAGCGUCUGGCUCCAAGCAGAAAUUACAAUUCGAUCUACGACGACAUGCCACUGGAAGGAUGGUGGCCAUGGCCAAAGAGGCAGCCUGACGCUGACGAUAAGCCCGAUUCAGCUACAAAGAGCUCAUAG